UUGGCUGCUGGAGCCUGCACUGGCGUGUCUUUUCCGGGUUUGGUCUCCGGCGAAUGGCUGUUCCCUCACGUCAAUCACCACUUGUUGCUAGGGAGAUUGUUUGAUGCUAAAACGUCGAAUCCGGUGAAGACGCCUAUCACUUUCAUUUCUUUGGACAAAAAUCGAAGUGAAACGAACGCGUACACGGCUUGAUGACUCAGGCCGUUUUGUUUACACUGUGAUACUUGAUACGUUACUCGGACUAAAAAUAGGAGGCGGCUAAACGCUAGCCACCAGGAAGACGUGAGGAGGGAGGGAGGGACCACGUCUGCUUCUCGGCCAGCUUUCACCUUCAGCAGCACCGCAAGAAGUUGUUGUCCCGUCAAGGGUGGGGUGGAUGAUGCUCAAACCGCUCCUCGGUUUAGUUUAAUAGGAAAUAAUGAAAGGGACGUAGUUGGGAGUUGUCUGCGACGUGGCGAGAAGAUGACAAUCAUAUGAAAAAGGAAAGUGGACUCUCAACGCUGGAAACGUUUGUCCCCCCCACCCCUGUCACUGAAAACAUUUCCCCCUGGACUCUCCCUGGCUAAUUUAAAGCUUUUUUAAGUCCUCUUGUCGGUUGAAGGCCCCGUUUUUGUUUUUUUUGUUUUUUUUGCUUUUAUUUAUUUUUUUUUACUUUCACCUUUUUUGUUCCUUUUGCAAAGAAAUGCUUUACUUGAAAAAGUACUUCACAGAGGGCCUGAUUCAGUUCACCAUCCUUCUGAGUCUGAUCGGGGUACGGGUGGACGUGGACACCUACCUGAGCGCCCAGCUGCCCCCCUUGAGGGAGAUCAUCCUGGGCCCCAGCUCUGCCUACACGCCCACUCAGUUCCACAAUCUGCGCAACACGCUGGACGGCUAUGGCAUUCACCCCAAGAGCGUGGACCUAGACCAGUUCUUCGCCACCCGUCGCCUGUUGAACCGGGUGCGCCAACUGGAUCGCCUCUUCGUACCCAGCCCCGAGCUCGACACCUGGCUGGUGCACCGCGACGCAGAAAGCGGCCAAGCGGGCAGCGCCAGCAUCGCCCUGGACAAUGGGGGCGGCCUCGAGGACGUGAACGACCUCGACGCUGCCCCGGCCAUGAGGGGGAACGGAGAAGGUGAAGGGGGGCCGCCCGAGACCACCACCUAUAACCUUAAUGUAGCAGACAGCAGCCUGGGAGCAGUGGCGUCUGACGGCGACCAGCGGCAGGAAGACAACGACGACCUUAGCAAAGAGGACAUCGACUUGAUCGACAUCCUGUGGCGACAGGACAUUGACCUGGGCGCGGGCAGGGAGGUGUUUAACUACAGCAGCCGGCAGAAGGACAACGAUGGUGACAAACCACGCCCGGCCCAGGAAAGCAAGGACACCAACGACGAGCAGCAACGAGAAAGCUGGAGGAACGGCGUUAACUUACAGACGCUUCGUUCUGUGGAUAUCGAGACUGGAGAGAGCAUCCCCCAACAGCCAGCCACGGGCUCACAGACCUCCCUGUCUCUGCAGGAGUGCUUAAGGUUGCUGGAGGCCACGUUCCCUUUUGGAGAAGAUACCGAGUUUCCCAACCCGGCCGCGACACCAGAAGCGGAGGCCCCCGGCGCAGAAGCUCCGUCCACAUCACAGGGUUUGGCGCCUCAGCUGGACCUGGAGCAGCAGUGGCAGGACAUCAUGGCCGUCAUGGAGUUGCAAGCCAUGGAUGUGAACAACAGCGACGCAGGCUGCGGCAGGAUGUCAGCAUCCGACUUUCCACUGGUCCCGCCUGCUGUACCAAUCCACCAGGACGUUAGCCUCCAUCAGGCCUCGCUGGCCGGCUGCAGCCAGGAAUUCCCGCCGGUUUUCCCGCCUCACCUAGACUCGAACGGCGGCGUGCGAGCAUCCUCCAGCAACUCAAGCCAUAUCAACGCUACAUUCGGGACCACCAAUCUCACAGGACUUUUUCUGCCACCACUCCUCAACGGCACCGGCGCCAACGUCACCGCCAUCCCAGUGGACCCGUUUGGCAGUCUUCUGGAGGAGUCCAUGCUGGAUGAGAUUAGCCUCCUGGACCUUGCCAUGGAGGAGGGCUUCAGUCAGGCUCAGGCGUCGCAGCUGCGGGACGAGCUGGACUCGGACUCGGGCCUGUCCCUGGACUCCAGCCGCAGCCCGGCUUCCCCCAGCAGCUCGGAGACAUCCUCCUCCUCGUCUUCAUCCACUUCCGCCACCUUCUCCGAGGAGGGUGCCGUGGGAUAUAGCACUGCUGCUUCUGACUCGGAAGAAGGAGCUGUGGGGGGAUACCAACCAGAAUACAGCAAGCUAUGUCGCAUGAGCUUCCAGGACAACUUCCACGGCCUCCCCCAUCUGGGAGGAAUCAGCCACAACCACACCUACAACCUGCCGCUCGUACCUCCCUUCACCGAGCACCCGGAGCUCCCUAAGAAGCAGAAUCCGAAGAUUUCGAAGCUUUCCCCUCCCCCGCCUGAGCUCCUGGACAAGCAUUCAAGCCGGGACGAGCGGCGAGCCCGCGCCAUGAAGAUCCCCUUCUCCAACGACAAGAUCGUCAACCUCCCCGUGGAGGAGUUUAACGAGCUCCUGGCCAAGCACCAGCUGAGCGAGGCGCAGCUAGCUCUUGUCCGGGACAUCCGCCGACGUGGCAAGAACAAAAUGGCGGCGCAGAACUGCCGUAAACGCAAACUAGACACCAUCAUCAACCUGGAGGAAGGGGUACACCAGCUAAGGCGCGACAAAGCCAGGCUACUCAAGGAAAAAAUGGAGUUUCUACGCUGUAUCAGGCAAAUGAAGCAGAAAAUGCAGAGUCUGUGCCAGGAGGUCUUCGCCCAGGUCCGGGACGAGCAGGGCCGGCCGUACCCGCCCAGCAGGUACUCUCUCCAGUUCGCCGCGGACGGGAGCGUUCUGGUGGUCCCGCGCGGGGAACAGAACCGGCCUAAACCGGACAAGAAACCCAAGGACAAGAAGAAGUGAGACGACCGAUCCCGUAGGGUACUUUCUGCACAUCUGACGGAGGGAAGGCCCACGCUUGACUUACUGCGUUUGUUUGGCUCUUUUUUCAUUCUGCUCCCCGUUAUUUUCCCCUCGCUUAACAACUCAUCUUUCCGGAUUUCCGAGGCGGGAACAGGGAAUGCAAAGACUUUUUUUAUUUCAAAAGAGGUUGCUUUGCAAAGGCCGGUCGGAGGACAAACCGCAGUCUGCCAAAUAGGUCGUAAAGGUGUGGGAUCCACUUUCACAGAGCACUUGGACUUUUAAGAACUCCAAACUGCUGCCUCCUGAACCCGAGCUCAAGGACAAGCACUUGAGUUAAGAAUACAGCCAUGCAACGAAUAUCACCUUCUCUAACGACUUUGUGGAGAAGUUCAGGCCAAGAAUCCUCCAGUUUCUGCUUUUCUUCCCCUCUGCCCCCUUUGACCAUCUUUCCGGACUUCUGAGGCAGGGAAAGGGAGUGCGAAGAUCCACUUUCACGGAGUUCCCCAGGAACUCAUCCUCUGUCUGAGCUAUGGACAAUCGCUACGAAGAGCCCACUCCCCAAACAAAAGUUUUCCCAUGGCCAAGAGCUUCUAUUCUAUUUUGUUCCCUUCGCUUCUUGCUUGACCACUCAUCUUUCCGGACUUCCCAGGAGGGGAAUAAGAAAGACAAAGGAGACUUAACGAGUUCGGAGGACUAUUUUUUUUUUCUGUUCCAAGGGUUUGAGGAAGUAGCGCUGCCUUGCAACGUGUAUCCACUUGUUAUUCUUCUAGAUUUCCUUCCUCAUGUACCAUCGUCCUCAAAAAGCUCGGCUUGAUGCGCUCUGCUGACAUUUAAACUCUUCAUAGUCUGUAGUUGAGAGGUUCUCCAACUUGAAGGGUCAAGGGACUCCUUACAGUGGAAUAUUGUUUUUGUCCAAGGACCCUCCCCAUCAUCAUAAUCCUAACUACGUUUGAAUGACAGAUCUAUGAAAGACCGUUGCUCAAAGGUAUUCACCAUAUUUUUCGGACUAUAAGUCGCACCUGAGUCUACUGUAAGUCGCACCAACCAAAGAAUACACAAUGAUGAAGAAAAAAAAUAAGGGUGAUCCCCAAAAAACAUUUUAACAAACCAAUAAAACCAAGAGUGAUGAAAGAAAAAUAUUUCAUUCAUGGUAAAUGAAGCAUUAAAACAUACCAUUUAAGAAACAGUUAUGGAAUUUUCAGUUAAAAAUGACUUCCUUUAAAUUAGGGCUGCAACUAAUGAUUAUUUUCAUAAUCGAUUUAUUGGAUGAUUCAUUAAAUGAUAAAUGUCACUUCUUUCAAUAACCUUCGCAGUUUACGGUGAAGUUAUUUUCAGCAUGUUGUAAUUAGCAAUGAAGACAAAAUGAAUGACCAUUUCCUUCAACUGUAUUGAUUAUCAAAUUCGUUGGCAACUAAUUUAUUAAUCGAUUAGUUGUUGCAGCCUUAUUAAGAAGCUAGUUUAGACAGUGAGAUAUCUGAAAAUUGGCAAAAAUGUGAAUUGUUGUUUUCUAAAGUAAAAGAUUUUUGUUCAUGUCCUACUUUGAUUUAACAAAAAUAUAAUGACGAAAUCUGAUAUUUACUCAGAACUAAGAAGUUAUAUAUGUAUGUUAUAAUUUCAAAGAUUUAGACAAAGUGAAGAAGGGCCUAAACGAUUCAUCGGUUAUCGAAGUUUAAAAAAAAAAAAAACGAAAAAAAACAUUAACAUUAAUAAUUAAUCGAUUAUUUGUCGAUGAUAUUUACACAGCACUAAGAAGUUUUAUAUAUGGUAUAAUUUCAAGAAUUUAGACAAGGUGAAGAAGGUCCUAAAAGAUAAUCGCUUAUCAAAAUAAAAAAAAAAAAAAAAAAAAAAAAAGAUUAAUUUGCUAAUCGAUUAGUUGUCGAUUCAUUUUUGCACCUCUACUUUAAAUGGCGUCCUGCUGCAUGAAUGCGUUCUUGAAAUCUGCGUAUUGGCCGACAUGAGCAAGUGGUAGCACUGGGAGACCGUGACCUUAAGCAAGUGCCAUUUUAGUACCUAUGGUGAAUUCGGGAUGAAAUUCACAGUAUCCCAACUCAGAUGAGAAUUCUCAACAGCAGAUUUCAAGAGUGCAUUUGUACAGGAGGAUGCCAUGUAAAGAACGUCAUUUUUUUUCUUUAAAUUACAUCUAGGGCUGCAGCCACUGAUUAUUUAAACAAUUAAUCUAUUUAACAGUUUGAAUAAUCAUUACAAAUAUUUGUUCCUUGCUGAAUAAAUUUUAGGAGAUGUAAAAUGAAAGAAACAAUAAUACUGUACUUAUUUUUGCUUACUUAAAGGAGCAUUAAAUGCGAAUACAAAAUAAAAUUCCUGAGUGAUUCUUCCAACUAUGCAGGAUUGCAUUUUCAUUUAAAAAAAAAAAAAAAAAAAAUUAAAAUACCUGAGUUUAGCCUGAAACAGUAUAAAAAAUUUAAAUAAUAAAGAACAUUUGGCCAACUUGCAUAGCUAGUCUGCUAGCUUAAAUGCUAUAUGAUGCUAACAUUUUUUUUCUUAACAAAUCGUUCAAACGCAUAUUCCCACAAAAAAAAUUCAAAAUACAGGGUGAUUCAAAAAGUAUGUGCCAAAACCAUUGCGGUAUAUUUAUUAAAAAAAAAAAAAAAAAAAGGUUUUAUUAUUUCAUCAGCUCAAUGUGACCACCACCAGCAGCACGGACAACAUCAAGCCGACAUAACUUUUAAUUUGUUAAAAUUAUUUACUUGUUAAAGAGACGUUUAUGUCUUAUUAAAUUUUUAAUUUAAUUUUUCAGUCUAUUUCAAUGAUUUUAAAAUGAAUAAAUGUGUGAUGAUUUUGGCACAUUCUUUUUUAAUCACCCUGUAUACUUCUAAACGAAAUUACGAAAGCAUAAACAAACAUAUAAACUCAAACGGGAGAAGUUGGAGUUAUGUCAUAAUCACUGUUCCACUAGAGGGGAGUGUAUCCACUCAGAUAAAUAAAACUAAAUGCAAACAGUUUCAGAAAAAAAUAUUAAGCCACUCUAAUGAAACAAAUUCUCAAAGCUGCAAAAAUUUGAUUCGAAGCUUUUUUCUAAUUGAAUCACGCGAGUUAAUCGAUUAGUCGUUGCAGCACCAAUUCCAUCAAGUGUUUCUUAAAUGGCAUCAUUUAAAGUUCCAAUUACUAUAAAUGUUUUCUUCCAUUACUCUUGGUUUUAUUGGAUUGGUAAAAAGUUCACAUAUAAUUCGCACUGGAGUAUAAGUCACAUUUUUGCGGGCAGUUUUUUUUUUUUUUAUGUAUUCAUCAGAAACCAACAUACAUUGAAUUAAUAAUGGUAAAAUGGACAACAAUAGGCUAGACAUUUAACGUAGUAUAUGUACAGUUUUUCGGAUGACCGUUGCGAAAACGACGCAAAAUAGCACUUGGCUGUCGAAUGAAAAAAAUUUAAGUUGCACUUGAGUAUAAGUCUGCAACUAACAAUUAUUUUCAUAAUCGAUUAUUCGGACGAUUAAUCAAACAAUUAAUUGAGUAAAUAUCACUUUUUUUUCCAAUUACCUUCACAAUUUGACAUGACGCAUAGACUUCAUAAUGUAUAGACGGGGCGCGGGGCCGAUUCAUAGGGGGCCUAUCUCCGUCAAAGCUGACCAAGUGGAAACACAAAGAGCUUUUUCCGUUGAAAAUUCUCGUGAAUAAAUGCUUAAAUCCCUGAAUUCUUUAUACAUAUGGACAUAAAACAGUCUCGAGUCUUGUUUAAAAGCAAAAAAAAACGUGCAGUUAGCAUUUAUUUUACGUAAAUAUUGCGAACUAUGACGCUCGUCAGUACGCAAAUUAGCGGCCGCCAUAUCACAAACAGCUUUUUCCGUUGAAAACUAAUAAAUGCUUAAAUCCCUGAAUUCUCUAUGGAUAUGGACGUAAAACAAUCUUGAUUCUUGGUUAAAAGCAAAAAAACGGGCAGUUAUUUUACGUAAAUAUUGCUAAGUAUAACGCCAAUGCUGUAGCGGGUAAUUUCUCCCCUUGAUUUUUUUUUCACAGUGUUUCAAAACGCAUGCAUGGUACAAAAACUAUUAUAAUUACCUGGAAUCCUCGAACAAAUCACUCCAGAGACAAUCCUUCCUGUUUGUAUGGAGUCCAGCUUUCGUACUUUUUCAACCCUAAAUCCGGCGUUAGAUCGCUGCAUGUGACCAACUGCGAAUAAAUGGAGCUGACUGUGGGACGGCCCCCUUAGGGAAGGCAUGACUCAGUGAAUGGGGAUGUGAAUUUGUGUUUGGCAUGUUUUAAGUAACAAUGAAGACUUAAAUGGAUGACUAUUUCCUUCAAAAAUAUUUUAUUACGGCUUCCUGACUUAACAGUAGUCUAUAACUAUAUUAUUACUAUAUUAUCAAGUUUGUUGGCAACUAAUUUAUUAAUUGAUUUACUCAAUUAGUUGUUGCAGCCUUAUUAAACCGUGGGCUUUAUUUUAUUUGACUAAAUUCUUGUGAUUUUGUCAAAAGUAUGGCUUUUCCUUUGAAGUGUGAUACCUAAGUCAUUUCUGAAUAUUUUUUUCCUUUCAAACACUCAAAAUGUUCAGUAGCAUCAGACCUAUCUACACAUAUAUAGUUUUUAUUUUUUAAUGCCCCCUAUGGACAAUAAUAGCAGUAUUAUUCUAAUAGCAAAACUAGCUAUGCUGUGUGUGUGUGUGUAUAUAUAUAUAUAUAUAUACAUAAAAUAAAAGUCUAAUUUGAAUAUUUCAUAUGACAUAGUUAGAGGCCCACAUAAGUCCAUAAGUCAUAACAUCAGAAUUUCUUCGCAAGCAAAUUCAUGUAUUGGCCUAUGGCGCCCCUCUAGUGACUUUUGGGUGUUAAGACUCAACACACAAAUUCCUCUAUUUCCAUGUUUUUGGCUCGCCAAAGAAGCCAUUGCAUCAGUAAUCACGGAAAAUGCAUUAUAACACAUCAGGUUUACAGCAUAUCAAAAUUAUGAUUUAUAAUAGGAGUCAAUGAGCCAGAACAGGGCAUUAUUACAAGAAUUUAGUGCGAAUCUCCCCAACCUGUUUACAAUAAAUUAGAAAUUGCAGCAUGGUGCCAUUUUGUUGUUUACAUGUUUUUACUAUCCUGGGGAAAUAUUAGCUCCCAAGUGUAAUUUUUCCAAUGCCUUUUAUUUGAUCAAACACACACAAAAAAAAAAAAAAGCCAGCGUAUGGACAAAUAACACCGACGCGUUAAGAAGCUAGUUUAGACAGUAAAAUGUCGGAAAAUUGGCCAAAAUGUAAAUUGUUAGUUUCCAAAGUACCGUAUUGGCCCGAAUAUAAGACUGUGUUUUUUGCAUUGAAAUAUGACAGAAAAAGAGGGGAUCGUCUUAUAUUCGCAGUCUAGACAUUAUACCCGUUCACGACGCUAGAUGGCGCCAGAUAUCCUUGAAGUUAUGGGAUGUUCUGUCAUGACAGAUCUCAGCUACUCUCAAGUUUAACCAGUUUGUAUUAUUUUAUUGCAAUGUUUUUCCUUAUUCAGAUUUGUUUCAAGACUACAGUUACAUUUAGACUUCACUUAUAUGGUUAAUGCAGUUAUUGCAAUUAUGUUGUUUUAUCACAUUAGAUUGGUUUAUUUACAUUUCAAAAACCAGAAGCCAUUCAUUUACGAAUGUGAUUGCACCUUAGUUUAAAUAUUCAAAUGUUCAGAUGAUUUGAAUGAGACAAAAUAACUAGGGUUGUCAAAUGAUUAAAAUUUUUAAUCGAGUUAAUCAGAGCUUAAAAAUUAAUCGUAAUUAAUCGCUAUUCAAACCAUCUAUAAAAUAUGCCAUAUUUUUCUGUAAAUUAUUGUUGGAAUGGAAAGAUAAGACACAAGACGUAUAUAUACAUUCAACAUACUGCACAUAAGUACUGUAUUUGUUUAUUAUAACAAUAAAUCAACAAGAUGGCAUUAACAUUAACAUUCUGUUAAAGCGAUCCAUGGAUAGAAGGACUUAUAGUUCUUAAAAGAUAAAUUUUAGUACAAGUUAUAGAAAUUUUAUAUUAAAACCCCUCUUAAUUUUUUCGUUUUAAUAAAAUUUGUGAAAUUUUCAAUCAAAAAAUAAUGUAGUAGCUUGCCAUUGUUGAUGUCAAUAAUUACAUAAUGCUCAUGGUGCUUAACCCCAUAAAAUCAGUCGCACCCAAGCGCCAGCAGAGGGCGACAAAACACCAAAAAAACACAAAUAACAAGUGGACAUGACACUGUGCUGUCAUUUUAAUCUGUUUGAGCGGGGCAUGUGCGUUAAUUGCGUCAAAUAUUUUAAUGUGAGUAAUUUAAAAAAUUAAUUACCGCCCGUUAACGCGAUAAUUUUGACAGCCCUAAGAAUAACAUGCUUUUUCUCUCAAAUAUGUUGUUAUAAUCAUUUGUUUCGGAUGUACUGUAAUUAUUUUCUGUAAAAAAAUUAAUUUGAUGUUCAUAAAGUCUUUUUUCAAACUUGAGUCUUGAAAAAGAGAGGGUCGUCUUAUAUUCGGGCCAAUACGGUAAAAUCAGAUUUAUGUUCAUGUCCUACUUUGACUUAACAAAAAUAUAAUGAAGAAAUCUGAUGUUUACAACUGAGAAGUUACAUGUAUGUUAUAAUUGCAAGAAUUUAGAAACUAAAAGUGCGACUUAUAGUCAAGAAAAUACCGUGCGUAUAAAAAUUUGUGCUGCACCGAUAACAUUUUUGAUACAUACGUCACACUUGAGUAUGGGUCACAGUGUGAAGCUAUCAUAAAAAUGUGACUUACAGACCAGAAAAUACAAGAAUGAAAAUUAGUGUUCCACUGAAAACUUUUUUUUUUUCCCCUCCUGAUACCUUGCGGUAUCAUCCGAUACUGUACCGAUACCAUUGCUUUCUUUUAAUACAAAAUUUCUUCAUAAUUCUAUCACGGUUUAGUCAGACACUAAUUCAUUGACGAUGCUAGACGUCCAAUCCAUUUGAAGUGGAAGGGUGGCAGCGAAUGAACGUUCGUUCAUUCGCUGCCACCCUUCCACUUCAAAUGGAUUGGACGUCUACCAGUGUUAAACUCAUAUAGGAAAGUCUGUCAGCGAAUGAACAAAUGUUAUCAAAAAAUUAUAUCAAUGCAACACUCCUGGCAAAUUACACCUUACCCUGAGGGACCCCAGUUUGAGAACCACUGCUGUAGUCUACGCAAGUCAGCUUUACAUUCAAAGUUCGCACCCCCAAUUCAGUUUUUAAAUGUAAGCAUCAAGACAAGGGUAGAAUCACAGAAGGUUUUCAUAAGCAACCUCUCAUAUCCGUCUCAUAUUUUAGGGACUGUUCUUGAACAUUGUGCGUCGGUGGUGGGUUAUAAGCUACUGUAGAGUUUGGAAUGUCGUGUCAGGAAGAGGAAGUACGCUUGUUGCUGAAAAGAUGUUGUUUGUGGUCUCGGAAAAGAAACUAGCAGGUGUUUUGAACUGUACGGAGCCCCGGUGUUGAGAUUUUUUGGGCCAUGAAUUCAAUUUCGUUUGGACGAAAAACUGCUGUUGACAUGGAAUAAUUUGGGGUUUAAUCUAAAUCUGACAUUAUGCACCUUGAUGAGAAAUUUUGGGGUCCUAAUUAUGGUACUUGUGAGGCAAAAAUUGUAAUUUUUGGGGGCAGUUUUUUAUGUCGGGGUUCCGUAAAAGAAAAUGAAAACUGGACAUGAAAGCGUCUUCCCUACCUGUCGCCCAAUCUUGCAUCCUGCUAAAACUUAAAGCACUUUUUUUUUGUCUGACGUGUAAAUAUUUAAGUGUGUCAACCCCCUUGCCACCUUUUGAUUUUGUUGUAGUUCUGUAAUGUUUGCUGGCAAUCAACUUUUUGUUUUUAUGACUUAAUAAUAAAGUGGUUUUGUUUCCA